AUGAGUGGCGCUCCAUCUUGCAAAGACAGUGUAGCUUUUCAGAGAUCAGGAUCACCGACACCAUGUACACUGUAUGAAGCAGAUCGGAUCCUACCAACUGCAAAAGAAAAUCAUGAUUCAGUAGAAUCUGUCUUACAGGACACUAGAUCAUCUUUUGAAAGAAAGGACGGUUUACAUGCAAAGUCAUAUGCUUCUGAAAUAGAUACAAAACGCGCUAAACAACAAUUUGCUCAACGAUCAAAGGUUUGUAAACUUCAGUACAUAGCCGAGCUGGAAAGAAAUGUACAGUCUUUACAGGCAGAAGGGUCUGAAGUAUCGGCUGAGCUUGAGUUUCUUAACCAGCAGAAUCUUAUCCUGAGUAUGGAGAAUAAAGAACUCAAACAACAUUUAGAAAGUUUAGCACAGGAGCAGCUUAUCAAAUACUUGGAGCAGGAAGUACUGGAAAGAGAGAUUGGAAGAUUACGUUGCAUGUAUCAACAACAAGCACCAAUGACUCAACAAUCAAAAUUACCUCCACGGCAGCAAUUGAUGCCACAGAUUCAAUUUCAGCCUGCACAAUUACAACAGCAAAUGAGUUUACAACAACAACCAAACCGUUUGCAACAAAUCACGCAAUCACAGGUUUCUCAUAGAAAUACAGAAAAAAGGAACUUCGAGAUCUUAAGGCUUUGA